AUGGCUCGGCACCGAUUUAUCAACCAGCGGGCCUUGACCUCCAAAUCAAUUACUCAGCAGCCACCCCAAGGGUCAGUGGCUGAGAAGGUAACACGUGGAAUUAGAGGCGGUGGCGGAGAGAGAUGGAAUGAGAGAGAACCAGUCACGUGCUUGUUGUUGUUUAAUUGUGCGUGUCAGUGCGUUUGGCCCAUUAAUCGUGUCGUCACAUGUCUUUUUGUUUGUUGUACCGCCUGUUCCACGAAAUUGUGCGUACAGGCUGAGGUCAUCAACUUAGGACGAGAUAUUUCUGCGGCCAGCAAUGACUUUCCAAAUUCCUAA